UGUGUAGAUGUAAAAUCGCCUGCAUGGUUUACAACUUCAAAGCGUAAACCAUAUUGCAUUUGUACAUAUAGUCUAUAGAUAUACAUCCCUACCUUUAAAUAUUUAUCUAAAGGUUACAUGUGUCAAUGUCAGUCCAUAAUUUAACUUUAUAGUUUGCAAGACGUUGUGUGUUUCUAUUUUUUCAUCUUUCAUAAAUACUUAAUAUUCGCUUGUGUUGAAUAUUGCAUCACCUAUCGGCAUUUGUUAAUCAUGAUGCAGUCGAGGGAGGAGAGGAGAGCCGAGUCACCAUCAGGUCUCGUUCUCACCACCGACCCUAAACCUCGACUCCGCUGGACCGCUGAGCUUCAUGAACGUUUCGUUGACGCCGUCACUCACCUUGGAGGCCCUGACAAAGCUACACCAAAGACGAUUAUGAGAGUGAUGGCUGUGAAGGGUCUUACACUUUACCAUCUCAAGAGCCAUCUCCAGAAGUUCAGACUUGGAAAGCAGCCUCACAAGGAACAUAGUCAUGGUCACUCCACUAAUAUUAGGGAUACUAAUAGAGUUGUUAAUCGACAUCGAUCGAUUACACAUGCAGCUUCCAUGUUGGAUCUUCAAAGGAAUGUUGUAUUCAGUACUCCUAACAUCAUUGGUCGCAAUAUGAACGAGAUGCAAAUGGAAGUGAAAAGAAGAAUAGAGGAAGAGGUAGAAGUAGAAAGACAGGUGAAUCAAAGGAUAGAAGCACAAGGGAAAUACAUGGAGAGCAUGUUGGAGAAAGCAUGUGAAACACAAGAAGCAAGUCUCACCAAAGACUACUCUACUCUCUUUUUCAACAACACAUCACCCCUCCCAAUUCCAUGGUUCGAGGAUCAUUUUCCCUCGUCUUCCUCCAUGGAUUCUACAUUGAAUCUUUCUGAUAUCAGUCUCAACUUCUCUCUCCAAGAUUCUCGGAGCUCUAUCACCAAGAACCGUACGGUUUGUCUCGGUUAGAGAAUACAUAUGUUGGUCUAGUUAUUUGACUCUUCCUACUCUAGUAUUCUAAUGUGCAUAAAUGCACAAACUCACAUGUAAUAAUUCUGCCAAACAAUGAAGUAGAUCUUCGUUAUCCACUCUAAUAGAUGUGAUGAUGUGCAAUAGAUGGUGAAGUGGGAUGCCCCAUGUAUUUCUCAAUUCUUGUGUGUUUAUUAUAUAUAUGUGUGUUACUUGCACACUGAAAUUUUAAAGA